UCGCAAAGAGCUGUGUUGGUGCAACGCUGUACUUUCCUGCUGUAAGUGACGAGCAUAGUUUCCACCUGGGCUUUUCUGUACGUGACUCACGCGGGGCCACACCCUGCACCCUGCGCUGCACGGACACAUUUAAAAGCACCUGUUGGGCUUCUCUGUUGCAGUCGCAAAUCAAACCGAGUUUGAGAGCUCAUACCUGGACUAUUCGACACACUUUGACUCUGUCGCUUCACCAUGGAGGAGCAGCGGUAUCCCAUCAGUGUCCGUCUUAUUGGACUGAUGCUCAAGGAGAAGAACAAAAUGUACAUGACCUCUGUGCUUUGGUCGGACCAGAAUGAUAUUGUUGUAUACAGAACUUUGGCGGAUUUCGUGAACAUGCAUAAACAACUGAAGAAAGCUUUCCCACCUGCUAGUAAACUCAAAAAAUCCAACAGAGUCAUCCCUAAAUUUCACGCCAAAAAGAAGAAGCGCAGCGGCAAUAAGAAGAGCGCCACCAGGUCACUGACGCGGCUCAAGUCUUUGCAGAAAUACUGUAAUGAACUUCUGCGCUGCGACCCGAGAGUCUCUCAGUCUGCAGACCUCAUCCAGUUCUUCCACCCCAAAGAGCAGGACCUGAAGCCGGAGUUCUCCAAGAACAGCAUCAUGAUCAUGCCUUCAGAGGAUGAAGUCGAGGCCAAUGCAGGCCAGGCCGGCGGCAACGUGACCCAGCCGUUUGUCACGGAGACGUACAGAUGUGUGGCGACGUACGAGACCAAGGACACCAAGAACAAACCUUUCAACGUGGCAGUGGAUGAAAAAGUAGACGUGCUCAUCAGAGACAAAGCAGGGUGGUGGCUGGUGGAGAAGGAAGACAAGCGCAUGGCCUGGUUCCCUGCACCCUACCUGGAGAAGCUGGCAGAUGAAUUUGAUGAAGAUGAAAUAGAUGGGACUGAUGACAGAGGGUUGCUUUACUGUGCAGCCAAGAGCUACAAGGCCACCAAAGACGAUGAGAUAAGCGUAGCCAUCGGUGCUGUGGUGGAGGUCCUGCAGAAGUCUGACAACGGCUGGUGGCUCAUCAGACACAAUGGUAAAGCAGGUUACAUCCCCACCAUGUACCUGCAGCCGUACAACUACCCUCACAUCCGCUUGACACCACACCAAGAUUUCCGCCCCUCCUCCCCGCUCCAAGUCCCGAGCUUAGAGCAGCAGUCGCAUCAGUUCAGCAACUCGCAAGGAAACCUGCUGCUGCUUUCGCCCGUCAGGUCCUCUCCGAACCUAAACGAAAGGCAGAGGUCGCGCUCUCUCAACAUCCUGUCUGACAACCUUCCUCCUCCGCCUGCCCGGCUCACCACCCCAAGCCCCCCGUCCGCUGCGAGGGUAGCCAUCACACCUACAUUCACCAAGAGUCCCUCUCCUCCUGCAAUCAUGGUCGAGAUGGAUGGAGACGACGCGGAAAGCGGCAGAAGCUGGAGAGACAAAAGCGCGGGAAGCUUUUCCAGCGACAGCUCCGACUUCAGCUUCGACGAUGACCUCAGCUCCUCCUCUGCCAGCUCCACCAUGACCCUGAGCCCGACCGCCAACGACGACCAGCUGCAUCUGAGUCGCACGCCGCCCCCUCCGACGAGAAACCGCCUGAGCCCGACGAGCGGCCAGGAGGGGAGGCUAAUGCCCAGCAUCUCCGAUCCGAACCUCUACAAGGGCCCAACGACGCCUAAGGUGCCACCCAGACCGCGGGCCCAGGAGAUCCUCACACGAUGCACCACUAUCACCCGCAAGAACGCAGCUAGAGGCGGCGCUUCACCCACACCACCUGAGAUUCUGGGUCGAUGAAGUUUCUCCUGAAGCCAACGUUUGCUUUACUUUAAAAAAAAAAAGGACCAAAGCAUGAAGUAAUAACCUGCUAGUGAGGUCACAGUAGAUGGUUCCUGCUUGUUUUAAGUCUUUGCUGGUUGCAAAGUGCUUGCUAAUUGGUGGAUUCAUGUUGGUACUCUGUAAAUACUACAACAGAUAUUGCAGUCUAGAUCUGCUCCUGUGUUACAUGUCCUGAGAUUUAAAAUAAUGUAUGACUUGAGGCUGUGUCGUGUAGAGACUGUUUGAUGAUCAACAGAGGGACAGUUAGAGGGACUGUGAUGAGAGCUAGCUACAGGAUAUGUUUGUCAAUCAGAAGGUGUAAAAUUAUGCUUUCAAAUUUUUUAACUAGUUGUUUUUAAUGUUGUGUUGAUACAAUUUUUGUUGGCAUCGUCUUUGAAGAGAGACGGCGAACAAGCAUGCAGAAAAUGUCAAAUGUACAAAGUUUUUGUUUCCAAAAAAAUCAGCAAAAUACGUAUAAGGUGAUUCAUCAGAAACACUAAAAGCACCUCUUAACUACUAUCUGUUUUGAAGAAUGAUUUAUUUUCCAUACUGGAAACCCUGUGUUGUGCCUUAUAUGCAUUUUGUCUGCUGUGUGAAACAGAGACAGAAUAUUUUUUUCUUUUUUGACCUUGACAAAAGUAAAUGUUUGUCUGGCUGUUUGUGUGUGUGUGUGUCUAUUUCCUGCUAUAGAGUUUCAGUUUAAUCAACCUAAAGAAUGGGAAGCUUGUUAAGAGUUGAAUACUGUCGGUUAAAAAAAAAAAAAAAAGGAUUUGCACUCCAGUAUCUGACUCUGUAAAUUUUGUCUGUAUUUGUAUGCACUCUAUGUAAAGAGCUUAAAACUAAUAAAAGCACAUUUCAGGAUCAAA